CCACUCUGUCGUUCUCUGAGAGCCCAGCCCACUCCCAUAAAGGCAGCCCUCACACACACACGGACGCAAACGUUCUCUCUCACUGCCUCUCUCUCACACACUCACACCGGCACACACACUCUCUCACUGAGACUCACAGAGACUGCCUGCUCCUCACACACUCGUUCUCCACUCCGACAGGCGAGCCGCGCAGCACUCACUCCACAGCCCUCUCAGCCGGAACACACACACACACACACACACACACACACACAGACCUGUGUCCGUUACACCGCUGGUCCCAUUAUGGAUGUACUGAAGAAAGGUUUCUCCAUUGCUAAGGAGGGCGUGGUGGCGGCGGCCGAGAAGACCAAGGCGGGUGUGGAGGAAGCUGCUGCUAAGACCAAAGAGGGAGUUAUGUACGUGGGGACCAAAACCAAGGAAGGAGUGGUGUCGGGUGUGAACACAGUUGCCCAGAAAACGACUGAUGAGGCAAACACUGCAGCUGAUGCAGCAGUGGCCGGUGCCAACGAGGUGUCGGAUAAAGCCGUGGAGGGCCUGGAGCAAGCAGUGGCAGCAACCGGCCUGGUGGAGGUCUCCAAAUCAGUGGAAGAGGAGGCUGCUCAGGCAGGACAGUAGGGUUGAUGUGUUCCUCCCUUCACUCCGGGGUCACUCUCCCUCCCCGUGUCAUCUCUUUGGUUAGGAGGAGAACCUCCGAUGGCAACCCAGUACCUGCUGUUCUAUUCAUCACCAUCACUCAACGCCAUCAGAGCCCCCAUUACUUUGUUUUUUAUAUUGAUGCACACAACACAACACACACACACACACACACACACACACACACACUAUGCAAGCACCUCAGCCCCACAUGUUCAAACACACACUGACAUUGUUACUGACAGACACUCAUAUAACAGAAGCCCGCCCACCAACACUAAGCCACAUAUGACACCCUAAUGACAGACACCUGAGAGGCAGAUGCCCAACCCUUUCUCACAGUCACACAGUGUGGCCUCUCCCUCUCCCUCUCCCUCUCCCUUACCUUUCUGUGUGCACGCCCUCAGCUAGAGUAACUCCUGCCUUUCAGCUGUGAAGAUAACGCAUAACACCGUCCGCUGUGUGAGGUUUGCCCAUUCAGCUGUGAAGAUAACGCAUAACACCGUCCGUUGUGUGAGGUUUGCCCAUUCAGCCGUUUUAGGCCCGUCUUGUCUGGGUCAGGCAUCCCAUGAGGGUUCGCUGGGGGAUUCAGUGAAGGAAGGGUCUACUUACAGAACCGCACGGUUCUUACCCCUAACUACACGAAUACUCUAGAUCCAUGUGUAGCACUGUAGGCCAGAGGGCUGUUUGAUGUAAGAAACCCGAUAUAUUACCAGGGUUGACAUCUAAGGAUGGAUGGAUGAAUAUUACUAGUACAAUGCGUAGUCAGUAGUUUAUUGUUUACUGAGAAAAUGACUUGGGUCUGCAGCUACUGUGAGAGAUAGUCCAACACUGAACAGGUCUGACACUGAAGACGUUCCUCUUUUUAAUUCAGGGGGCCAAAAAUGUUGACUUCUGUUUUCACCAGUAUUUGUUUUAAGCCACAAACAUAAGCUUUUAUUCAACAGACAUAAGCAAACACACACACACACACACACACACACACACCCUCAAUAGACCAUUGCUUGACUCAUUAAAUCCGUAACCUUUGUCCUCCAACUAGACCGUUGAUUUUAUAAACUGCAACUUCAAUAAAGACCAUUUUGUUUAAUUCCAAA